AGGAAACAUUUUAUAUCCUGCUGCAACAAUGAGGAGUUCAGGCUUGGAGAGAGUUUAUUAUUAACGAGAGACUAACUGCUGCUGUGUGAAUUUCCACCGUGUUUAAACGAACCGCGUCGUACGAGGAGGAGACUGAUCAGCUGGGAUUUCUGGAAGAUCUGGAAAACAAAAAGUUACAAGGAACAGCGCUACACAGCAUCCAUGUGAUUCCAUUACCAGCCUGGCAGAUUCAGAUGUGGGAGAAUGGACCAAGACUACGUUGGGCUGACUGAGACUUUCGAGGCACAGAAGAAAUAGAAGAUCUUUGGGAUCAAUGGAGAUGGAAGAGGAAAUUCACUGUCUCAAGGACAGAGGAAAAGUCAACGCAGACACAGUAUGGCAAUGGCGAAUUUUUCAUGCAAAGAAAUAUUCAACACAUCCAGAUCCAUUCUUUUACAGUAAUAAAAUCGGACUGAAUUUUAAUGUUGCCUCCAGCUCUCACCCAAAACUGAAUUCACCAUUUGUGCCAAAUGGCGUCAUACUUGAGGUGUGUGAAUUUGCUCGAACCAUCAAUAAGAGUCGCAUGCACUUCAUCCCAAACAUUCUGGAAAACAAUUUUGAUCUUGGAUUUGAGAAUGAUCAACAGCGGAUGGAUUUCACUGCUCAAAUUCAGCACAAGCUGGAAGACUUGAUCCGAAACCCUCUGAAAGAUAAAAAUGAAGUUUUUGCUCUUUUCGACACCUGGAAGACAGAAUGUAGCAAUAAUGGACUGAACAAGGCAACAAGGACACACAAACCUCAGAGUUUCUUCAUGGAAAUUGAGAAUAUAAGUGAACUUGAACAAUUAUUGAAAUGUUCCUCGGAAAAAGAGACAGAAGAGAUAUCAGCAUCACACACGGAUGGCGGUGAUCAGAAAGAUAACACUGAUUGUUCAGGAGGAGAAAUGAAAGAAGUCGUCAGUGAGGACAUUCCUUUGUUGUUGUUCACUUCUUGUGAAAACAUUGGUUUGAAGCUUGGCACGGGGACGAAACAAAGUCUUGAUCCAGGCUUGUUAACAGAGAGAGUGAUGUUGGAGUUGUUGGAUUUUGCACGAGUCUUGACUGCCUCCUUCACCUCCAUUGUCGUCAGUGUGUUGGAGCAUAAUUUUGAGCUUGAUCUGAAAAGUCAAGAGAGAAGGAAUGAAGUGUGGUUAUUGAUAUCACAGAUGCUAAAAAGGGGGAAACAAAUUGCUUCCAGUAACACAAACUUCAUCCCAGAGUUUGAAAAUGAGCCUUUUUUCUUUGAGAGAAACCCAUUAAAGAGAGCCUACGUACCAGCACUGUCGACAGUGGAAACCCUUCUGUCAGAAGAGACAAAGAGACAAAAGCUGGAUUUCAGUGCUUCUCAGGAAAAGAUGCCUCCUUCAGUCACAAAGUGCAUCAUGAGGAAGGACCAAGGACAACUGGAUGAAAAUGUAAACGGGAAAAGUCUCUCUCACAUCAAUGAGUUGUGUUCAAGUACAGAAGAGGAAGAUGAGCAUUGCCACAUGUGCCCAGAAGACGAGACACUCCAAAAUAUUCCAAAUAAAUCUGACAUGAACCAUGAGGAAAUGGAAGCAGAGACCAACAUGUGGAAGUUUCGUUCCAAUUAUGUGAAAAAAAUCCUACUUGCGCUCAACAACAAGCUUUGCUUAGACCGGCGAGGUGGAACAUUGGAGUUUGACAUUGGAUGUCGACCCCCCAGAAACGCCAGUCCAAAACAAUUGACAUCUUCUGUUCUGUACAAAGUUGUUCAUUUUGCAUUAGCAAUGAGUUCAUCCCAGCAGAAUGUCCUUGUGGAUAUUCUAGAAUACAACUUUAACUUAGGCUUGCAGAGAGAAUACCAGAAAAUAACAUUUACAUGUGAAGUCAUGAAAAGAGUACAGGAAUUAUUGGCCCGUGAUGACAGAGAUAACAUUUUGAAAGAGGUGUUUGUUUUGCCAGGUUCUCUGUCAUUGAGUAAUGUGAAGUGUGAGAGUGAUGACAGUGUUGAUUCUGAACCUGAAACUUCACAGACAGCUUCAGACCUUUAUCCAUUCUGCAAGAAGAUUGGUUUGAAGCUCAAUGUGAGUUUCUGUCACCCAGAUAAAAAGCUAGAACUCCACAAACUGACAAACGGAGCAAUGAUUGAGGUUGUAAACUUUGCAGAAAAAUUGUGUGGAAGCUACGAGCAGAUUUGUGUUGAUGUCUUGCGGCACAACUUUGAUCUUGAUUCACAGAUAUCAGAUUCUGAUCUUGCUCAAAAUAUUCUUUCACAGGUUCCUUUUGCCAUUGAGGAAACUAAUCUUCGAUGUUUUUUCAAAAAAACUCAGCUUGCAACCAGAAUUGAUUUAAAUGUCAUGGACUCUCAGAGGAACACAUCUUCACAAACAUGUACUGUGAGUUCAGUUAAAGCAGAGAUGAACCAGAGUGCAAGUCAACCCGGUGACGUUGAAGCACAAAAUGAUCCAGAGUUGGUGUUGUGGAAACUCCGAGCCAACCAAGUUCAGCAAAUCCUCUCAGUGCCCCACGGCGACCAGUGUCCACUUUACUCUUACAGCAGAUGUAAGACAUUAGGCAUUGAUUUUGAUGUAGGAUCUGGAUUGAAACGUCGUCUUGAUCCAAAACUGUUGACCAAUGGCAUCAUGUGUGAAAUUGUAUCUCUUGCCACAAAACUUGGGUCAUCCACAAUGGAUUUCAUGACAGAGAUUAUGAAGUAUAAUUUCAAUUUGCACUUCAACAAUGUGCUUCACCGCAAAGCUUUUGCAAAUGCACUUCAUCAGAGAAUGAUUGAAAUGAAUUUUAGGAAGCCCACAAUCAUGCUUCUGAAAUCCCUUUUUGAGCUGCCCGAUGAGAAAUUCAUUCAUGAAGUUGAACCGUUUGUCUUCAAAGGUCAACAGAAUGGUUACCUUUGUCCUGCCAAUUGUUCACAUACUGUGACGAAUGUUGCCUCUGCUGUUGCAAACAACGAGGAAAAGAAGUCUGCAGUUGCUCCAAUGUCCACUUUCCCAGCAACAGAGGUGAUAACAAAGCAAUACCGUCGCUCCAAGAAAGCAGGUUUAAGCCUGUGUGUGGAUAACGCUCACCCAAAGGUUAAACUGGACAAAUAUGCACUGACAUGUGGUGUUGUGCAGGAUGUGUACAGCUUUUCUAAAAAACUUUGUGGAACAAAGUUGAGAAUUGUUAAUGAUAUUCUUCAACACAACUUCGACUUGGACCAUCAGAGUCAUGUGGAAAAUAUUGCUUUUCAUUUUAUCAGCAGACUCAGGUUAUACAGUGGAGAGCCUCACUGGUUUAAUGAAGUCUUUGACAUGAAGCCCAACCCUAGAGAAUUUAAAUUGAAAGAACCACCUCCUGUGCUAAGUAGUGAAAGGAGGGAAUCAUCUCAAAGAAGGAAACAGGUAAUGCAAAAAGCGAAGGAACUGAUUGCUCAGAGACAACAAGCAAAACAGAUGGAGGAAAACAUCAGUUCUCAUCGCAGUGAUUUGAGCACCAGUCAGUCAGGAAAAGACUACAUGUGCCCUGUGGAAGAGGAAAGAGAUUCAGAAAAUGAUGUGGAUGCUCAUCAGUGUGUCAGUCAAGCCAGGUGGGACUUUUCCAGUGGAGCACAGAUGAAUGAUGUGGGUAAACAUCACCUCACCACCAGUAAUGCUGCAUCGACUUUGAAUGGAAACACAUCUAUGAGGCCACAAAGUCAGCCAGAUGAAAGCCACUUGGCAGGUGAUGAUGAAGAGGAACAUGUUCCAAGAAAUUUGCCAAAUGGUUGUAUCAUAGACCAAGAAAUGGAUCCAGAGCUCAAAAUGUGGAAAUUGCGUGCCAACCGUGUGAGGCAAAUCCUCCCAUUUGUGAAAAGGAUGUCCGUUCAGAUCUUCAGUUGUAAACGUGUCACUGUGGAGUUUGAUGUUGGCUUUCAACCUAAAAGAAACUUGAGUCCUGAUCAUUUGACCAACUUUGCGCUUUUUUGCAUUGCUCUGUUUGCCCUUGAGAUGAAUGCAUCCCAAGAAGAAUUCAUGAUGGAGAUUCUUAAAAAUAACUUUGACUUACACUUAAACAACGACAGUGAGAAAUCGUUUGCAAGUGAAGUCAUAAAACAAGUAAGAGAGCUUGUUAACUGUGGGGAAGCAGCUAAAGACUUAAAAGAGGUGUUUCGACUUCCAGGCUUUGUGUCAUUCAGUGAUUUGAACCAUCAGACCAGCAGCAGUAUUGAAUCUGAACCACACCCCACAUCAGAAGAAUGUGAUGUUUCUCCGAUGGCUGCUCCAAGUCUGUCUGCUGAAAAUGAACUGAGCACAGCGACUGAAACUUCUCAGAACAAUGUGGAUCUUUACCCAUUCUGCAACGACAUUGGUUUGAAGCUCACCGUAUGUGGCUGUCAACCAAACCAAAAACUUGAUGUUAACAAACUCACCAAAGGAGCAAUGAUUGAAGUUUUGACUUUUGCAGAAAAAUUGUGUGGAAGCUACGAGCAGAUUUGUGUUGAUGUCCUGAGGCACAACUUUGAUCUGGAUUUGCAAGAUGCAGAUUCAGAUCUGGCAAGAAAAGUUCUUGAACAGGUUCCUCUUGUUAUUGCACAAAUAAAUGUUGAGAACAAUUUCAAAAAAUUUACAUCCCGAGGAAAAUUUAACCCAAUUGACAUAAACUGCCGGAACAGUCCAAGUUCAGAAUCAUGCAAUACUGGCUCCAUCAAAGCAAAUAUUGACCACAGUAUGAUUAUCCACAGUGACAUUAAAGUGCAAAAUGACCCAGAUUUACUGCUGUGGAGACUACGAGCAAAUCGUAUUCAGGAGAUACUCUCUGUGCCUCAUGGAGAACAAUGCCCGUUUUACCCAUACAAGAGAUGUGUGAAAUCAGGCAUUGACUUUAAUGUAGGAUCUGGACUGAAACGUAAUCUUGAUCCAAAGCUGUUGACCAAUGGCAUCAUGUGUGAACUUUACACUUUUGCCACAGAACUCGAGUCAUCCAUGAAACAUUUCAUGACAGAGAUUUUGGAGUACAAUUUCAACCUGCACUUCAACAGCUGCGGAGGAACCGCACUGCUGCUGCUGUGA